AUGUUCCUACAACGCGCGUUAUGUCGCCUUUUCAAACUUGUGGUUUACAUCAUUGCGAUCUGGUUAAUAGUCGCAGUAUUAUACCUUGCAACUCCUUCACCGCUUCCCAACGAAUCCUCGAUUAUCACCUCUCUCAAUAAUGGUAAGACGGUUACUAGAGUGUUCGAUUUGCGGAAGUUUUUCCCGCACAGCGACUAUACACCCUCUGUUCGGCAGUCUCGUCAGCACGACCGCUGGUCGUUCAUCAUGCAGUUCCAGUUUCUUCACGAUCCUACAACCAGAUCACAGAUGCUGAUGUUUGGUGGCGGUUACGAUCCCCUCGACAAAAUUAAUGCUAUCCUCGAAGGUCCAACGUCGAAGCCGACAAUCCAAAUCCCAUACCACAACAUAUCUCUAGAUGAACUCGAUAACAAAACGGAGACAAAUAUAUCCCCUGCAAUCGAGAUAGAAAUUGCAGUGGGAGACAUGGAUGGCUUAGUUCCUCCAUAUGUUGCCAACGCAGAUGCAACCUUACUUUACUGGUGGACUACCCACGAAGCGAACACGAUGUCAUUCCGUAUUCGUACAGUGCCAGAACAGAAGAUAGUCGAGAUAUGGCCUGAUUCGUAUUUCUGGUAUGACAACGAGAAAAAAUAUCCAACGCCUCCUUCGUUAAAGCCACUCAUUACCAUGGAAUUUAACGGUGACGCUGGAAGCCCUCCUAAAUUUACUUUCCCCCCUCCGCCAACUUCAUCUUCCCCGUCAAUACUAUACCCUAUCCGUCUAGGACUCCUACUCUUCCUCCUUCCGCUAGGCGCAAUCGGGUUUCUGCUUUUCGUAACAUUCUCUGGGAUCUUCCAUGGUCUUUUUAUUUUACUCACCAGAAUCGCUGCUUUUGGUGGCCUUUGCAUUACCGUCUAUGGAGUUUAUUGGUGGAUCAAGCACGAACGGCCUCGAAUGUCGGUUUCUCUGACUGAUGUUCGGGACGUCUUGGACACCACGCUAGACAACGUUCGGAUGAGGAGUGAAGCAGCAACCAGAGAGCCGACUCAGGUGGUCGACCUGGAGGCUCAGAACGCUACUGUCAGUGUGGAGACGGUAAUUGAGAAGGAGGGAAAAGAUCAAACAUAA